CAAGUUGUGUGGCAGAAGAUGGAAGGCCGAAAGGUCUAUGUGGUUACACUGGUUGUUCUGCUGGGGACGUCGAUAGCCGGUCAGUCGGCGUCAGAGUUUCCAGAUGGAUUUCUUCUUGGGGCCGCGACCUCGGCAUACCAAGUGGAAGGCGCUUGGAACGAGGACGGUAAAGGUGAAAGCAUUUGGGAUUACUACCUUCAUAAUUAUCCAGAAUCGGACCCUGAUGGUGCAAACGGAGACAUCGCAUGCGACUCUUACCAUAAAUACGAGGAAGAUGUUCGGCUGCUCAAAGAACUUAAUGCCAACGUUUACAGAUUUUCAAUUUCUUGGCCUAGAAUCCUCCCAACGGGAGAUAUAUCACAGAUCAAUGCUCCUGGAAUAGAUUAUUACAACAAGCUCAUCAAUCUCCUGCUGGAAAAUGGCAUUGAACCUUUGGUGACCAUGUACCAUUGGGAUCUACCGCUAGCUUUGCAAUACAUCGGUGGCUGGACUAAUCCCAUAUUGGCAGACUAUUUCGUCGAGUACGCGCGAAUACUAUUCGACAACUUCGGUGACCGAGUGAAGUGGUGGACCACAUUUAACGAGCCGCCAGUGAUCGCUUGGGGCUACAGCUGCGGCAUAGGGGAGGGCCCGGCACCCAACCAGAACGCUUCCGGGAUCGGAAACUACCUGACGGGUCACACUAUCCUCAGAGCCCAUGCGCUGGUCUACAGACUGUACGACGAGCAGUACCGAGCCACACAGAACGGCACUGUCGGCAUCACGCUCAACACAGACUGGUACGAGCCCUUGAGCGACUCAGAGGAAGACCGGGCUGCCUCCGAGCGGAUGCUACAGUUUCAGCUGGGGCUGUUCGCGCACCCAAUCUUCAGCUCCUCUGGUGACUACCCAGCCGUGGUGCGCGAGAGGGUGGACGCAAACAGCAUAGCGGAGGGUAGGCCGCGCUCCAGGCUGCCCAGCUUCACGCCGGAGGAGGUUGAAAGCAUAAGGGGAAGUGCUGACUUUCUCGGCAUUAACCACUACAGAUCGUAUUAUACAACAAGUGGUGAAAGUGGGCUCUCUCCCUCUUUAGACAGAGACUCUGGAGUCAUCAGGUCACAACUUGGGGAGGUGGCGUGGGGAAUGCGUAAACUUCUGAACUGGAUAAAAGCGGAAUACGAGGAUUAUCCGGUCUUCAUUACUGAAAAUGGUCACGAAUCGUCAGACCUUGGGCUGAACGAUACUGCUCGUGUUGAGUACUACAAGAAUUACCUUACCGCCUUGCUGGAUUCCAUUAACAUUGAUGGGUGUCGAGUUAUUGGAUAUACUGCGUGGACUCUCAUGGACAACUACGAAUGGGGCAGAGGACUGUCGAUGAGAUUAGGCCUGCACUACGUGGAUUUUGAAGACCCAGAGCGCCCAAGAACGGCUAGAGAUUCUGCCAAGUACCUGUCAACUGUGUACAAGUCGAAGCGUUUAUAGCUAAGCCAUUCGUCGCCAAGUCUGAGAAGACUUGGGCUCUAGUGUCGUUGUAGACGCCAGUAAAGCCUAUUUCAAGGGGUAUUCGGCGAUCAUACAAUUUUUUUAAUUAUUCAGCACUGUAAAAAAUAAAACAUUUGCAAUCAGUUCCAGGGAAUGAAUGUGACAAGUCACUGUUAGCGUAAUAACGACAUCUCCUUCAAGUGCAAUGAAAGCAAGAAAUUUUAAACCUUCAACAUGUACUACCUCAACCAUACUAAUUAAAUUUGCACGACUAAUUGAAAAAUAAUGACAUUAUUCUGCUAUUUUUAUGUAAAAUGUGAUUUGACAUUUAAAAUUUUCAAUCCCGUCUUGUUACUUCGUUUUUUUAAAAUUAUUAUUAUUAUUAUUAUCAUAACUUCAUUGAGAACAUUUUACCUUGCAUAUUUCGAAAAUCUUUUCAUUUGCGUUUUCACUCUUCUUCGACUUUCCUCUCAAUAUUUAAUUUUUUUCAUUAUUUCAGUUUCAUAUUACCGUGUUUGUCUCGUUAAAUGUAUGUGUAAUGGUGUUAUAGGAAUGGUAAAAUUUGCAAUAGUCGUGUGUUUGCUCUGCAAAGACCUUGUCAGCAAAAUGGGAAUUAGAAAACUGCUUCUCUCCUAAAAUCUCUUUUCCUGUAGAAAGACUUUUCAGGCUAGGUUGGAUAUGAAUAAGUCGUAUCUAAGUUGUAACAGGCUACCUCGCAUUUCCCACAUGUUUUCUUUGGAACAAUUUCUGCAAGAUUUAUCAGUUUUGUCGGACUUCUGGUCUGUUGAAUUCCCUGUUACCUACUAGGACUAUACAUUUAGCUAUUAGAAACCUCUGCUAGAAGAGUUGGGUCCUAUGCUGGCUGCAGUCGAGACAACAGUAAAUUAACAGGUAAGGCCAAAUGUGCCCAUUAAUUGGAAAUCAGAGGUGAAGCAGUUUGUCAUCAAUUUUAUUACCAGUAUCGUCAUGUUCUUUUAACAGAACACAGCAAACACCAGCAUCAUUACUCUUUCUCUCAAAAUGUUAACUACCAGAACUGGAGAUAUCAAUAUUCCUACCAUAGCCUCUAACCUCUAUACUCCAUCCCCUGCAUCCAUCUUUUCCAGUGAACUCCUGAUCUCAGUGCUAAGGGAGGCUUGGCAGCCAAAAACAAGUGUGUAAUGUUUUUUAUGUACAGUAAAACCGCUGCGAAAUAAACAGGUAGUUAUGUCCUUUCAAAUCUUUCCGAAAAUGCCCCUACACGAUUUGCCUUUUUUAUCCCUAUAUUAUUCAACACAGAACAAGUUCUGUUUCUCUUAAUAUCAUAUAAUUUUGUAUGAUUUGUUCCACACAGGUUGAGGAAAGAUCUCUGGGUAGCUGCUUACUGUGGCAAUAGUAUAGCCUACUCACAUAAACACCCAGAGAGCCUUAAUAUGCGCAUCUCCAUCUACAUUCACAUCUAAUGAUUACUCUGAAAUUCACAGUUAAGUACCUGGCAGAGAGUUCAUCGAACCACCUUCAUGCUUUUUUCUACUAUUCGAUUCGAAACGUACGCAGAAAAACGAACACUUGAAUAUUUCUGUGCGGCACUCCAAUUUUAUUUUAUUUCUAACUGGGGUAACUGGCUUUGCUUAAGGAGUUGAUAUGAGAUUGUGUU